AUGUUCACGAGAUCGCUCGUGAGGUAUGCCUUUGAGCCAGUUGCCCAGAAGAAGUUUGAUGAAAUCUUGGAGCCGAUAUGUCGAGGCAGGAAGAAUUUAGGUCUUGCCAUAAGUGGUGGAGUGGACUCGAUGGCCCUCGCUAUCUUAUGCAAGCGAGUACGUAAAUUCAAAAUGCCUUCCAUAACUGCUUUCAUAGUCGAUCAUCGUCUUCGACCUCAAAGCACUACCGAAGCACAAUCUGUAGCGAAUUACCUCGGUCAACUCGGCAUGAAGCACGAGAUCUUGACUCUGAACUGGGGAGAUGUUUCUAAUCCAAGUCAAAUCGCAAAUCUCGAAUCGACAGCUCGCAGGAUGCGCUUCCAGGCUCUCGGCCGUGCCUGUGCCGCUGCGGGUAUUUAUACUCUUCUUUUAGCCCACCACGCAGACGACCAAGCAGAGACCGUUCUAGCAAGGAUACAUGCUGGAUAUCUAGGAACCGGUCUGACAGCCAUCCAGCCUAAGAUGCCUAUUGGAGAAUGCCACGGUAUGCACGGCGUGUCCAAGUCGGGUUACCGACGACACCUAGAUCCCGGUGCUGGUUAUCUGCCCUUCUUUGUAGAAUCUGGCGGAGUCCAAGUCCACCGACCGUUGCUCGAUUUUACAAAGUCAGAACUCAUUGCCACUUGCACAACGAAGUGCAUCAAGUGGCACGAAGACGCCACAAACGCGGAUCAGACUUUGACUCCACGUAACGCAAUCAGAAAGUUGCUCCAGUCUCAAGUUCUGCCUGCUGCCUUGAAUUCGGAUCGUUUGAGAAGGCUGGCUGCGCAUAAGAGGAGCCAACUCACUGCGUGCGAGUCAAAAGCUACAGUAUACUUUGAGCGCUGCUCCGUCGAGAUAGACACUGCCGACAGCUCUGUAUCAUUCCAGAUUCACCCAGAUAUCGAGACACAGUUGAGUCGUGAGAAGGAUUGUCAACUCGUAGCGGCUGUAUUGAUGCGCAAGUUCUUCUCUUUGGUGGAAGAGCAGAAUAAACUUGCGCUGAAAGACCUUUGCCGUUCAGUGGGAUUCAUUUUCCCAACUGUCUUUCAAGAUUGGCAACCGAGUUCAAACAAUGUUAAUAUCGGCAACGUUACUCUGGCACAAGACCCAUAUCAAGAGAAUGAAACGGACGAGCAGAAGAGAUAUCUCAUUUUCUCACGACCAGUAAAAGCGCCGGAGCAGUUCACCCAGACUCUCCUAGAGGUUACAGAGGGCAAUCACAGCACUUCGAAGGAACCAAUCUGGACGGAAACAAAGCUGUUCCAUGACCGGUGGUGGAUAAAGCUAAGAUACAUACCAGCAAACGUUCCUGCAGGAACGACUGUGGUGAUCAGGUUCUUGAAGCAGGGAGAGUCCUUGAAAGCCUACCAAUGGCGUGAGAGGAUGGGACUCGAUCUGUUGCCAUCAGGAAAGCUUCGUAACACGAUCCCUGUGAUCGUAAAGACAACCAAAGUCAAACAUUCUGACGGAUCUGAAGGUAUAAAAGAGGAAAUCCUAGCAUUUCCUAGUGUGGGUCUAACAUGCCCGGACUGCUCAAGGCCCAAAAUCAAGAAGGGUCGAGUGACUGAGUCCGGAAUGGCAGAUGACAGUCCAUGGCAGUACACCUGCGUUUACAAAGACAUCAAUUUUCGCGAAAGCGAAAAUCAUACUCGCAAAGGCAGACCGUGGAAGAAGGGCACUCGGCCCUUCUCUAACUUUCCAAUGUUUUGA